AUGGAGAUUUUUAGGCAUUUGGGUUUGGAUGGCGAAAUGGAAACCGAGAGCGCAUCCGACUUCGACUUGAACGCUGGAAUGCUUAUCGUCGACAAACUCAUUGGGGGAAAGGUUCUCGCAAGAAUGCAAGAGGCAGAUCCCGCUCGAACUGCCAAGAUUACACCGUGCAAGCGUUUGUGGUUGACUCAAAAUAUGUUCGAGCCGCUGCUUCGUCGUGAGGCGCAUCGUUUCGGGGCAGAGCAAUGUUUUGGAACCCGGGUCGUGCACUACGAAGAGCAGGAAGACGGAGUGAUCGUUGUUUGUCAAGAUAUCCAGACGGAUAAGUACGUCAAGUACAAGACACAGUACCUGGUUGCCUGUGAUGGAAAUCGGAGUGCCACCCGGCGGAAAGAAUGCAUUGAGUGGAGAGGCCCCGGAGUUUUCGGCAACAACCUUUCAAUCAACUUCACGGCCAAUCUUACUCCCUAUCUUGGCUCGCGUGCCGUGCAUGGUGUUACGUACGUGAACAACAAAGACGUGUCCGCUGGCUUUAGACUUGAGAAUGGGGGCAAGCGAGGCUUUAUGAUUGUCGCCAAAACCGGGACGAAAGACGACUUUGAGCCCAACUCGAUUACUGAAAGAGAGGCCCGGGAAGCUUUCUAUGCCGCGUCUGGUCUGGACGAGACUUUCCCAUUAGAAAUCGAGUCAGUCUCCUAUUGGACUGUUGCGGCACUCAACUCAGAAAGAUACUCUAGUAAAAAUGGUCGAGUGUUCAUUGCUGGAGAUGCUGCGCAUGUUAUGCCACCAACCGGUGGUAUGGGCGGCAAUACAGGUAUCCAGGACGCCUAUAACCUUGCCUGGAAACUUGCUUAUGUGAUCGACCAGAAAGCGUCGCCGUCAUUGCUCAAGUCAUACACCAUUGAGCGACAGGCUGCAGCUGAACAAAUCAUGCGACAAGCUUUUGCUCGGCUAGCAAACCGAGUACUUAGAGACCCAAGUAUUGUUCGCGACAGAGAACUUCCAGACGAUACUUGUGAGCUUGGCUAUCGAUAUACAAGGGGUGCGUUUGUUUCAGAGAAGAUUCCCUCUGCAGAGCCCCUCUCCGGGGCUUGGCAAGACCCGCACACUCCCGGCAUUCAUAUCGGUGCUAGGCUUCCACAUGUUGCACUUCGUGACACCUCGAGGCCAGAAGUCAUAUUGUCAACUCUCGAUUUAUUAAAGAGAAACUUUGUGCUGCUAGUAGCUGGAGAACUCCUGUCGUGGGAGAAAGCGGCCGUCGCGCAAUCCGUGCAUAUUGAUGUUUACAAGAUUUCGGGAGACUCGAGUCGAUUUGUUGACCUGAGCGGCGGAUUCAAAGCGAUUUAUCAGCUUGGCAUUGAUGAAGCCCUGCUUAUUCGACCAGAUGGUAUUGUUGCAUGGAGAGGCCAAGCGACCCAGGAGCAGGAAAGAUCUACUUUACUUAAAGAGAGUCUCGAGGAGAUAUUGGGGUUUUAA